UCCGCCCCCUAUGGGCCAAGGUAGAGCAUGCUGAGAGAGGGAGGAGGGAGCAGGGGGCUGAGCUGAUCCCACGUGUGACGCUUUCAUUCCCGGCUCAGUAAUAUUCUCAUAGCGGGGCUUUGCAUAUCUCCUGCCGUAUCUGUGUGUGUCUGUCACUGUUACUGUAGUCCCAGCCUAUAGUUUGGAAUAGAUAUGGAAGGAGACGGGAGUCAAGCCACAUCCGGAAACCUAAAUGAUUCACAACAUGACCCGGGUAAAAUGUUUAUCGGUGGCCUCAGCUGGCAAACCUCACCAGACAGCCUUAGAGACUAUUUUAGUAAAUUCGGAGAAAUAAGAGAAUGUAUGGUGAUGAGAGACCCCACGACAAAACGCUCAAGAGGAUUUGGGUUUGUUACGUUUACAGAUGCUGCCAGUGUAGAUAAAGUCUUAGCUCAACAACACCAUGAAUUAGACUCAAAGACGAUUGAUCCUAAGGUUGCCUUUCCCCGUCGCGCCCAGCCUAAGAUGGUCACAAGAACAAAGAAAAUAUUUGUGGGUGGCUUGUCAGCCAAUACAGUAGUGGAAGAUGUGAAGCAGUAUUUUGAACAGUUUGGGAAGGUUGACGACGCCAUGCUUAUGUUUGAUAAGACUACUAACAGACAUAGAGGAUUUGGUUUCAUAACUUUUGAGAGUGAAGACAUCGUAGAGAAAGUCUGUGAAAUUCAUUUUCAUGAAAUCAAUAACAAAAUGGUAGAAUGUAAGAAGGCCCAGCCCAAGGAGGUGAUGUUCCCACCAGGUACACGAGGGCGAGCCAGGGGUCUGCCCUACACCAUGGAUGCCUUCAUGCUGGGGAUGGGCAUGCUGAGUUACCCUAAUAUUGUGGCAACGUAUGGCCGUGGAUACACUGGAUUCGCACCAAGCUACAGUUACCAGUUCCCUGGCUUCCCAGCGACAGCAUACGGACCGGUGGCGGCGGCGGCAGUAGCAGCAGCGCGUGGCUCAGGUAGGGGGGCCCGUGGAAGAGGCGGCUACUUGGCGUACCCACAGAGCACAGGGCCAGGCCUCCCCGAUUAUGGGUUUUACUCUGCGCCCAGUGACCAGAGGGGGGGGCCCUGCUCCUUUGCUGACUAUGGCUCCCUGGGGCCCCAAGCGGCUCAGAUGCUGCACAGUGAGCAUGCCACCUCCGCCUGCAACUCCCCCCUCCAGCACCUACACAGCCCGGAUCAAUUUAAGAACCCAGGCACCAACCCGUCAAGGCCUGGAGGUUUCCCCGGCGCUAACAGUCCAGGUCCUGUGGCUGACCUGUACGGACCUAGCAGCCAGGAUUCAGCUGUGGGCAACUACAUCAGUGCUGCUAGCCCUCAGCCUGGCUCUGGGUUUGGCCCCAGCAUCACAGGCCCGUUGAUUGCAACAGCUUUUACAAAUGGAUACCAUUGAACAGGUGGCCGGUUGCCAUCUCAUCAGAGCAGAGUAUAUCUGGUGGCCCAGGAAAGACAGGACGAAGUUUCUAAUUGGCUUUGUGUGCAGGUGAUGCUAAUCCAACUUCAAGCACUACAGUGUCACCCAGGCAAAAAGAACGAAAGUGGGAAACCAUAUGAAGAAGAAAAGAAAACGUUAGUCAUCUCAGAAAAAUAACAACUGCUGUACUAUACUCCAAACCUCCUAUAACUUUACAACCUGGUUUGGUAAUGAUGUUUCACGUCAAUCUCAUCCACCUGUUUCCUUCCUGUUAGCUCUUUUUUUGUUUUGUUUUGGUUAGUUUUUUAGAGAGUCGUUUUAGUUUGACCUUAAUUUUUGUGUCAUUUUUGAUUUUAUCUUCUAGUAGAUAUUUGUGUAAAUGGACUUUUGUUUGAAGUGCGGGGGGAGGGCAGGGGGUCAUAGCCAAGAAUAUCUGCAAGUCAUGUCUUCAUCUUUGUAUUGGUUAGUGUAAAGAGGAAAAACGAUGGGAGGUUCCAUUCAAGUCUUUCCGCAAAAAAAAAAGAAGCUCGGAGAAAGACUCGGAGAAAAAAAAUCAAUUUUAAGGAAAAUUUAAAGAAGGUAUCUAAGUAAUAAAUCUUAGUAGCUGUUUUAUUUCUUGUGAUGUCUCCUUGUUAACCAUAAUUACCUAUUUUUGGGCAAUACAAAGAGGACUCCAAUAUUUUUAUGGUCCUUUUUUAUAAGUGUUGUUUUUGUUGUUUAGAAAUAUAUAUAUAUGCUAUAACAAAUUUCAUAUAACUACAUUGUGAAUUCAAACUUGAGAAAAAGAAAUGUAGCUGUACAUAUUAUUCCAGUCACUGCAUAUAACCAACUCAGUGAGAGAAUAGCAUAUUUUUGUGAUGGUGUGUCAAAAGAAACAUGUUAUAGCGUGUGAAUAGAAGAAAAAGCUGUAAACAAGUUAUUAUUCUACUUUUUCUCGCUGGAAGACGGUAUAAUAACGACCCCGGAGGCAAACAGAACGCACUUGCUCUGUAAAUACCGAAGCUGAAUAAUUUUACAAGUGUCAUACCAGCAAAAUUUACAAAAACGGUGAAGUCAAAGCAGUUUUAAAGGAAAUAAAAAGAAAAAAAGAGCCUGAUUGGGAUCUUUUUGUCUAACUGUUAAAGAUAUCAGUAUCAUUUCAAAGAGAAAGACAGAAAAAAAACAAUUUAAUCCAAAGCACACUGUACUUAGAUGUGAUGAUUAGAACUUGAACCAGGCAUUUUCCAGUGCUCUGUGCAUCCUGACACUUUUAUACUCUUUGAGAGGAACUUGUUAGAUGUAUGUUAUUGUUUGUUUCAUCCUACUCGUUCCUGAUUUGUCUCCUUUUUUUUUUUAUGAACACAAUAUCUGGGCUCUGUGUAUCGAGGGCCCUUAUGUAACGCUUGUUCUCUGAAUCAGUUCUUUUUAUUUCCUUUUUUUUUUUUUGAAUGAAUUAGGAAAGUAAACAUUUUGAUACCAUACCUCAGCCUUCGUGAGUUCUAUCAUGGAAAUCAUUGGCAGGUUUAAUUUAUUCUAGUGGCGAAAACAAAUGAAAACACUGAAAGGUAAUAAAGCGACUAUAAUCAUUGCACUGUGAGUAGUAAAGUACAGGCCAUUCUCCUAUUUGCACAUGUAUAUGUUGGCUUAUAAAAAAAAAAAAAAAACAGCCCUGUGCUUUUGGGAUAGUAUGAAGGAUUUUUUUGGGGUUAAUGUUUUCUUGACUCGACAAACACUUCAAAGUUUUGAGGUGAGUUAACAGCUUGGGAAGUAGUAACUGAUAUGUUGCAGUGUACACUUGGAUUUCUUUAUAUAUUAGACCCAUGCCUCAUCUAAAGAUAUUUAUACAGGGUCAAAAAAAGAUGACACUGAAUUAUUCACUAUCUGUCGCUGCGCCAGGUUUUACACAGUGUGUGUGGUUAAUGAUUUUACUCGUGACAAACAUUUAGUAAUAAUGAUAAUAAUAAUAAUAUGCUCCAGAGUGCAGUCCAGUUUAUAACGUCACUGAUGAGAAUGAAUGGUGUGUAUUCUGAAAUACUUUACCUGCUGCAGAUGUUAUUUGUUGUUUUUCUUUUUCUUUUCCCACUUCUUGUCUCGUUUCUUUUAUUUCAAAACAACCAGGUAAAGAAAUAUGCUGGAUACUUCUAAAGUAAAUGAUAAUGGAGGUGUGAUCAAGUAAUAAUAUAAAGAGUAAAGAGAAAAAAAAACCCUUGUAAUGUUCAAAUGUAAAAGAAAAUAAGAAAUACAAAACUAUAAAAAAAGAAAGAUGCUUCUUUGCUGAUUUCAAGUUUAAUCAGAGUUUUAUCGAUACUUUGUGGUUUAUAUAUUAAUAAUUGUAAUAUACUAUUAAAAUGUACUGUGCAUCCAUUGCUUUCUCUCUUUCCAUUCCCCAUCCUCAGAGAUCCUACUAUCUUUUGUUGAUCAUUCAUGUAUUUCAUUAGUGUGUAAAGAAAUCACAGUUAACUUGUAAACAGAGUGCUGUCUUUGAUACCAGUGUAGUGCUCUUUGUUGUUCUCCCUUGCUCUACCUCUCCUUUCUCUCAUAUUUAUCCCUCUCUCCCUUUCGCGCUCUUUUUCUAUCCUGUAAUUACAAAGUAGAUGUUAUAUAGGACUCAUUAAUAUAAUACUUGUAGUGAAUAGUGGAUUUAGGACCAGUCAAGAUAGACCUUUCUCUAAAUGAUCAUGUUAUUCUGAUAUUUGCAGACAAUUAUUUUGAUAGAGGUUCAUUGUAAUUUAUUCCCUGUAUGUUUUUUUUUCCUUUUUUUGUUUUGUUUUUUUGUUUUUAUUUUUGUUUUGUUUUGUUUUUUUGUUUGGUUUUAUGCCACUCUCACAUGGUUUCAGCUAACCAAAGCUCUCAUGGAUGAACAACAGAGAAACCGUUGCUGUAAAGAUGGAAUUGUACACAAGGCAUUAUUUGGAUCCCCACCCUUGAAUGUUUUAAAAGGGGUGUGCCAUACUACCUUAAAUGCUAACGCUAGAUAUGCAAAACUUUUAUUUUUUAUUAUUUUUUAAGAGGGACACAAGCUAUAAUCAUGGAAAAAGAUUUUAUGUAAAAAAUAAAAAUAAAAAAAAAUCAUAUUUUUUUAAGAAACAUACCAAUGAUUACCACAAUAGUCAUAUCAGUCAAAGUGCUGUUUAAAUAACCUGUUAUAUCUUUUCAUGUUUGCACACUUUGGAAAUAUCCCAGAAGCCUCCGGCAUAGUUAUGUUUUAGGUAAUACUGUUAUUUCUCUCACAAUGUUUCUUAAUAAUUCUUAUCAUAUUAAUCUCAGAUCUCUGGGAGUUAGUUUUUGUUUUAAUCCACUAUCAAUGUUGUUCACAUACAUUGACUUUAUAGAGGCAUUACUGUAAAAAUGAAAAAAUACCUACAGCAAAAGACUCCAUUAAAUAGAAAACCUCCAAAGGAACAGCUGUUAAUGGACGGACUGUGUGGUAAUUGGUGGUUAAAUUCACGUCCUGAUGCUGGACUGGCAUCCUGAUGCAUAGAUUCACUGCUAAGCCAAAUCAGAGCAGAAAAAGAUCAAGUUAAAGAACAACACGUCAAAGAAUCACAAACCUGUUAGAUUUACACACACUGCCGUGUUUCAGGCAAAAACAAACAAUUACGAAGCCAAUUCAAUUUCAGAGCUCAAGCUGUGUGCACACUCCAACCACAGUACAGUUUCAAUUAAACAUAAUUUAGGUUUUAUAUCAGUUAUUUAAUUCACCUCAUGAGGUCUUAGAUUGAGUACUAUACACAUUAUAAUAAUAAAUAACAUUAGUGUCUGUUCGUUCUCAUCUAAUACAGACUGUCAAAUUACAUACAAUAUGUACAGUAAUGGCAGCUUUGGUAGUGACAUUAAUAGACAAAUUAUUCCAAUGAAUCCAGUGUGUAUAUACACAAGACACUGUGUUACUGAAAAAUAGGUGAAGACAAAUCAUCCCAAACUGAGUCACAUAAUAUAAUAUUGGCCCAAAACUAUAGAAAAACAAAGCAAAACUAAAACCUUUAUUUUGUUUAUUUAAAAAGUAUUAAUGUUUAUGUUGACCUUAAUUGCACAUUAUAGAAUAUGAUAUAAAAAUAGCUCAAUAGUAGAAAAACAACAGAUAUAAUAGGAAUCAUUUAAGUGUACCAACCAACUUAAGUUAAGUUUUGUUCUGACAUGAUAAAAGAAAGUGUUCCUCCUGUUUAUUUGCAGCGUUGUCCCUUGAAUUUGUUUAUCUGCAAAUUGUGUUAAAUAAGAAACUCAAACCACCUACAAACCAGAACAAGGAGCUCAUUAGGAGCUCUGGAUGAUUCCAGUUUGUACUGCCAUUUCAUCUGAAAAACAAAUAACAGUGCAUCAAGUAUAAGAUAUAUUGUUUUGUUUCACUGUUGCAUUGCCUGGUGGUUUUAAUUGGACUGUAAUUAACUCUUUUUUUAAUGACAAAAAAUUGAAAUGGCUUAUUUUCCCUUGAACAAUAUAAAAAUUGACUCUUCUAUUUGUUUUGUGAUCCUGUAGCUUGGACUUUAAGGUAGCAUGGCUCUGUUGCUGUAAUUUCAUUUUAUCUCGAAACUGACAGCAGUUUACAGCUGAUGAAUGUUACACAUCUUAGUAGACUAGCUUAUCCAUUUGGGGAGAGGGGAGGGGUCUUGGUUUAAGAAAAAAAAAAGAAAAAGAAAUCAAAAAAGAAAAAAAGUCAACCUGGAAGGUGUUGACAUUUGUAGUGUACUACCGUAUCCAUUUAAACUUGAAUCUCGAGGCAAGUGCUAGGCAAUGGCCAAACAAUUUAUCCCCAUCCGUUCUGGGGGAAAAUCCCACCCUGAAACACACAUACACACAUACACAAACACACACACACAUGCGCACACACACUUCUGAGAUUUCUGUCGCCUUUGAUUCACAUCUGUCUGUGACUGUGAACAUGAACAACCGUCUCCCACAAAGCUAGGGACAUUAGACAAGUACUGUUUCAGGCCUCUGCUCCAUUUCUAAUGAAUUAGACUGACUUUGAAGGAUCAUUGAAUGUUAUUGAGUAUUUAUACCCAAAAGAGGCUUAUUCAUAGUGGUGCUAAUGGUUUUAAACCAGACAAUGUGCCCUUAUCUCUGAGAGAUACUGGAUACUGUCACAGUGACCACAAAGUUAGUCUCCCAGUCCGCAAAGUGACUCUCCUCGCUAACACCACCAUUUAUAGUGUCGGCUCUCUCCUUUCAGGAUACAACAUAAGAUCUGUUCAUGUUCACAGAAUCCAGACCAAACACUUCAAGGUGACAGAAAUGGCACAAGUUUAACUGUACUGUCGUGUUUUAGGGUGAAUUUCCCCCUUCAGUCCAAACCAUUGCCAUCUCAUCCAUGCUCAUGACUAAAUAUAUACAUACAAUUGCAAUAUAUAUAUAAAUAUAAGUGUGUAUAGAUGAAUAUAUAUUUGCAAUUUUUCGCUCAUUUGAAACAAUAUUAGACUGGAGACCUCAGCUGUAUACAGACUACUCCUCACACAGCUACACCCGGGUUCAUAAUAGUAGUCAAAUCGUCAUUAUUAGCUUAGCUCACCAACACGAGAGUUCGACCCCAUGGCGUGUUGUCGAGUUUGGAGCAGACCGCGUGGCCUAGAGAGGGGAGCCUGGAAGCUCUUCAGACUGCAUGGACGGCAGUGUGAGGCUCUGCUGUGCUUCCAUGUUUCUGCAGGCUGAGCACAGAGCUCUCUCUCCACUGCUGUCUGCCCAUUCCUAACACUUGCCCCUUUUUUUUAUGUUAACCGACUUUUUAUGGCGAGAGACAGACAGACUUGACUGACAUCUGAAAGCAUCUUUCAGGUUAUCAUAUGGCUUGCUUAAGCCCUGUUGUAAAAUAUACUAAAAAAAAAUGAUGAUGAUGAUAAUAAUAAUAAUAAUAAUGGAUGGGGGUCUCUCACAUAUCAAAUGUGGAAAGUCUAAUUUUAUAUUUGUAUUUUCAAAUAAUAAUAUUGACAAAAAAAUGUCUGUGAAAGGUUUCCAUCCUCUACUGUGGUCCAGAAAUUGAUGUGUCUGUCUGGAAAAUAAAUAAAAUAAACUGAAUUGUUAUAUUA